AUGGCACGCCUGUCCGGUUUGCAGCGCGAGGUUCUGUCCCUCUACCGCAAAUGUCUUCGUGAAACACGAAAGAAGCCUGCUGACGUCAGGCCGAAUUUUCUUCAGUUCACUCGAUCAGAAUUCCGUCAACACCAAAACUACGACAAGAAGGACUUUGGCGCCAUCGAGUACAUGCUCCGCAAAGGCCAGCGUCAAUUGGAAAUAUACUCUUCUCCUGGUAUCCGAAAUGUCAUGAAGUAA